CACACAGUGCUGUCACCGCACCUCCAUCCAAUCCUGUAUAUCUAUAUUCCUGUACUGACCCCUCACACAGCGCUGUCACCGCACCUCCAUCCCGUCCUGUAUAUCUAUAUUCCUGUACUGACCCCUCGCACAGCGCUGUCACCGCACCCCCAUCCCAUCCUGUAUAUCUAUAUUCCUGUACUGACCCCUCACACAGCGCUGUCACCGCACCUCCAUCCCGUCCUGUAUAUCUAUAUUCCUGUACUGACCCCUCACACAGCGCUGUCACCGCACCUCCAUCCCGUCCUGUAUAUCUAUAUUCCUGUACUGACCCCUCGCACAGCGCUGUCACCGGACCUCCAUCCCGUCCUGUAUAUCUAUAUUCCUGUGCUGACCCCUCGCACAGCGCUGUCACCGCACCCCCAUCCCGUCCUGUAUAUUCCUGUACUGACCCCUCACACAGCGCUGUCACCGCACCUCCAUCCCGUCCUGUAUAUCUAUAUUCCUGUACUGACCCCUCACACAGCGCUGUCACCGCACCUCCAUCCCGUCCUGUAUAUCUAUAUUCCUGUACUGACCCCUCGCACAGCGCUGUCACCGCACCCCCAUCCCGUCCUGUAUAUCUAUAUUCCUGUACUGACCCCUCACACAGCGCUGUCACCGCACCCCCAUCCCGUCCUGUAUAUCUAUAUUCCUGUACUGACCCCUCACACAGCGCUGUCACCGCACCUCCAUCCCGUCCUGUAUAUCUAUAUUCCUGUACUGACCCCUCACACAGCACUGUCAUUGCACCUCCAUCUUGUCCUGUAUUUUUCUACUAUUACAAUACAAAUUCAUGGACUUUCUACUUUCGCUCAGGACCUGGUAAAAACUCACCUCCUGUUUGCCGUACGCGAGGAAGUAGAGGCUCUAAAAGAGCAAAUUAAGGACCUUACAGAACGGAACAGCCAUUUGGAACAUGAAAAUAAUCUUUUGAGGACGCUCGCUACGCCGCAGCAGCUGUCGGAACUCAGCGUCCGGAUGAAGGCUUUAAGGAAAGGAGUGUGA